AUGGCGCAAGCCUCCGAUACCAGUAGGCCGAUAUCCGCGACGCCAUCCACCACGAACUCGACCGUAUGGGAAAAGACCAAAGGCUAUUCGAGCACAGCCUACGAGAAAGCGUUGAAGCCCGGCUUCAAUAAAGCCUACAGCUUUGUCAACAAACUCGAAAAGCCGGUGAAUCGCCUAUCAAACAAGGUCGGCUCCGAAGCAUUCUGGCCAACGUCCCUGGACAAAGAGUCCGAAAAAGCCGCGCGCAUCCUGAGGGGGUUUUGCAAAGAUGGGUUUUAUGAGCAGAUAGACGAGCAACAAGCGAAGAAGAUUGAAGAACGUAAUGCGACGGUAGAAGGAACUCCACAAGGGAAACAAAGAGUGUUGCAGAAAAUCCCAGCGAAGGUGAUCAAGAACUGCGUUGGUCUAGCUAUCUUCACAACGAUGCGGACAGGAUGGCUGUUCGGCGGCUCUGGCGGUGCAGGUGUCUUGGUUGCGCGACAUCCUGAGACGCACGAAUGGAGUCCCCCGAGUGGUAUCCAGACUCAAAAUCUUUCCUUUGGAUUCCUUGCUGGAGUCGAUAUCUAUGAUUCGAUUCUGGUCAUCAACUCAUAUAAGGCCCUCGAGGCCUUCACAAAAUUACGGUGCACCCUGGGUACAGAAGUCGGUGUUGCAGCAGGGCCAGUUGGAAUGGGAGGCUCUCUUGAUACCGAGGUCGUCAAACGCCAGUCACCCAUAUGGUCAUACGUCAAGAGUCGUGGAUUGUAUGCUGGCGUUGCGCUCGAGGGGAACCUUGUGAUUGAACGGACGGACGAGAACGAGAGAUUCUACGGAGAGCGUGUUGGAGUAGCUGACAUAUUGGUGGGCAAAGUUCGCUAUCCGCCAGUCGAGAAAUACCAGGUUCUGCUUAAUACCUUGAGAGCUGCACAAGGUGACGAUGUGGAUGAAAGCCUACUUCCAGAGGGAGAGGCCCCUAGUGACAUGGAGCUUAUAACGGAUGUAACUAGUUUCGGUAUCCCGGCAGAGAACGAUCCUGAUCCGUAUGGCGUCAAAGCUCUAGAAGCCGAAGGACUCGCCAUCCGAGAAGCAGGCACCCAUCAGCGACCAAGCGCAGAAGUCUUCGAAUUCAGGCCGUCGCCCACCAGCCCGAUUUAUGCACAUUUCUCGCGAAAGAGCGUCGACGGAUCCAUUCGCAGUCGGACGUGGAGAGACAGCACUCACAGCUUGGCCAGCGUCGAUCGAGCGACCCAGACCAACGAAGCAGAAACGGAUACCGCUAGCCGGACUUCCCAGAAGGAAUCCCCGAAAGGAACCGAGACCCCAAUGAAACAUAGUCAGAGCGUGGACGACGAGAACGAUGAACAACGCGAACGAAGUGAAUCAUUCUCUGAUGUGGAUUCCGAUGCUGAGAUACACACUGCUGUGCCAGUGGUGGCUCGAGCCAGAGUGGUGGAAGUACCCAAACGUGCACCACCAGCAUUACCCCCGCGAAAUCCUGAACGAGUCGCCUCUCCGACAUCGACGACACAGUCGGUGGACGGCUUUGACAGAAUCUCGCUGAAUGGCACUGCUGAAGAGAAACAUGUGCAAGUACCAGACGGUGGACAGACGAUGUCACCAACGAUGACCAACGACAACGCUGAGCCGAGUGUCCAUUCAGUUCCUGUGACUCCAAAUGAAGAGCCGACGGAGUCUCACGAUAUACCAGGAAGUUUUCAAUGA